AACUCCUAAUAAUAAUAAUAAUGAGGAGUAACAGAAGUAAAUCUUACUGGUCUUUUGGUCAUGAUAACGGCGAUGAUGAUGGUGAUAAUGAUGAUGGUGACGGUGGGGAUAAUGAUAAUGGCAAUGAAUCAUCGUCACCGUCGAAUUCUUCAACAUUUAUUAGCGUUACUACUACUUCCACUACUACUACUAGUGAUAUCUGCACUAGUACUACAACUGCAACGACUACUACCCUCAGUUGUCGUAGUACGACAAUGAGUAGUGAUAUGCGUACAACAAUAACAACAUGUUCUAUUUUAUCAAUAACUGAUUUGCCUCACACCUUGACGACAACAACACAUUGUUUAAAUCCAACACAUUUUACGCCGGAAACAUUUACUGAAAGAGGUUGUGAAUCACAUAUAUCAUCAUCAUCAAAAGGAUUAUUUUGUGAAUCUAUACCAAUAUUUUUCUUCAAUCAUUGAAAAAAAUCAAUGAAUAAAUGUACAGUAAAUUCCUUACCGCAAAA